CAUUUGAUGUCUGCUUGACUUGGUAGUUGGUAGUUGGUUUGGUACUCAUGCUUCGUCAGCAGUAAUCGAUUGUUGUUAAUUUAUUACUAGCCUAUUCUCUAUUGACUUUAUUCGUCUGUUUAAUUCGAAAGAACAAUGCGAGGUCGUGGCAGAAUGCGAAUGUUGCGCCGAGGAGGUGCUCCAAUGAUGAUGGGUGGACGGCCUAUGCAUCAUAUGUCCGGCUUUAAACCUCGUCCUCAUAUUCUUCGAAUGCCAUUUGAUAUGUUUGUUUCUGAAUCCUUUUACCCACGACUCAAACCACAACCUGAUGAUAAAGAUCUCACCCAGGCUUUAUUGAAACGACAUGCUGAGCUAGUUCCUCCUACACACGAACAGACAUCCAUUCAAUCACUCCUCCUAAAAGUGCAGGGUAUUCUUGAGGGACUCACUGUGGCCCCAGGAUCAUUUGAAGCUUGUCAAUUGGAAGAAGUGAGAAUAGUUGGAUCUUUCAAAAAAGGCACAAUGGUUUGUGGUCACAAUGUGGCUGAUCUAGUGGUUAUUUUGAAAACUCUUCCAACACACGAAGCAAUUCGAGCACUGGGGGCAAAAAUUCUGGAGGAAGUCCAGAAACAGCAAGCACAACUGAAGCACGAACUUGAGAUAACCGAUCGGGGUUUCAAUAUCCUCAGCGUAACCCCACCUGAAAAUACGAAGGCCACCGUUCGAGUGUUAAUUACAACCAUUGGUCGUAAUUUUAGAUUGAUUAGCUCAUCAAUGCAUUUGGACAUGAAAUAUCUCCAGUCUCACCUAGCUGCCGUACGUCAUAGCCGAUGGUUCGAAGAAAACGUUAAUCACACUUCAGUAAAAGUUCUGAUUCGCCUAUUGCGUGACAUGAGGACGCGAAUUAAAGGACUUGAACCUCUGAGCCCAUGGAUGAUUGACCUCUUGGCUCAUUUUAGCGUACUCAACACGCCCAAUCGUCAGGCAUUAUCUGUCAAUCUUGCUUUCCGCCGCGUCAUUCAGCUAUUGUCAGCCGGAUUCUUCCUUCCAGGAUCUUGUGGAAUAUUGGAUCCUUGUGAGGUAGGGGCGAUUCGCGUUCACAUGGUAAUGACGAUGGAACAGGAGGACUUACUCUGUCGUACAGCUCAGAAUCUCUUGCGUAUCCUUUCUCAUGGUGGAUAUAAUGCCAUCCUUGGCCUCGACCAAAAAAAUGAUGAUCCAACUGCUGAGCUAUCGGUAUGGAAUGGCAUCGUUGUCACUCCCCAAGAUAAUGUCUACGAUUCGACACUGUAUGAAAGAAAGACUGGAGAAGAACCCGAAGAUGAAGAAGUGGAAGAAGCACCCCCAACAGAGAAAGAAGCUGAUUCGAUCAUCUAAAGAUUUUGACAUUUCUUUGUAUUGACUUUUUGUGUGAACAACAAUGACUAGUUUAGUUCAA